UUGGUAAGCGUGCAAAGACGGAGAUAAGUGUCUCACUGACGAUUAUCGAUACAUUCGGCAGCUCACUUCUCAUGACCACCAUUCCGUCCGCAAGCAAGUUAUUCUUUACAAAUUUUGGGGAGCUGUUACUUUCUUACCCAUCUGUAGAUCCAUGUAGUUAGUUUUGUGCAAAAUUGUCUUGUGCUUCGUGCAAUAGCCGCCGAUUAUAGGUGCCUGGCGAAGAUGGGUUACUUACUCUACUGUCGUACAGUAAAGCUUCAUGCUCUGAUGGACAAGAGUUUGACAUCUUUCACUUUUCUUUUCAUGGCAGGGUCAUUCAUCAUAGCUGUAACAGCUCAGUUCACAGUACAGCCAGUGUCAGUGGAGAGAGCCGAGGGACUGGAGGCUGUGUUCAAUUGUCGGUAUCAAGUAGAGGGAUUUACUGAUAAUUAUUUCUGGUAUAUGAACAAUGUCGUAGUGGGACCAGAUACAGAAACUGUUAGAACACGUCCACCUUCAUCCCCUGCUGGUGGACUAGCUACACUGAUAAUCUUGGCCACUCCACAGCACAACAACUCUGUUGUGUAUUGUAGUGCUGUUAUCAUAAAUGGCACUGGUAUUACUUUAGCAGAUUCAUCCACAGCAUCUCUAGUUGUUCGUGAGACGGUCCUCACUCACUUUAUUGUUGCACCGAAUACCAUUACCGUGAUGUGGAAUGCUCUACCUCUCACUGAGUAUUGUGUGGACAUCACCAGGACAACUCUGGACUCAACUGAAACAGUGGUUCUUGAUUCUCUGUGUGGAUUCACUAAUGAGUACAUCUACAUGUACUCUGAUAACAGUGUGUGUGCCAGAUUCACUGUGACUCCUACUGAUGGAGAGAUGAGGGGAACAACCAGUGAAUUAUGUACCGGGUUAUUUACGAGAGUAGAAGGUGGAGAACAACAUCGUAUUCUUGAAACUAAAAGGAAUAAAUUAGUCAAAUUUAGGGCAACUGUUCCAAGUUGUACAAAGUUCACUCGGUAUCGUGUGGACUCUGACCUAUUGACUCCCUCCAUCGACCGUUCAAUCACGGACCCUUUUCUGUUUGAUGGCUCACUCAGUUUCUCCCUCCCCACUGACAAGAUGACAGAAUACAGUGUCACACUGACUGAUGAGAAUGGAAUAGAUUUCGUGUUUGAGAACAUUCCAAUCAGUACUUUUGACGUUCAAGACCUCCUAGUAUCUGAAUGUCCUGGUAGUGGUGGUAUUUGUGUGAGCAUUGUGUAUGUUGAAGGUACUCUCUCUCCCGGAGCUCUCGUCUGUGCAAUUCGUAUCAUUGAUGGAGUGUUUGAUUUUGCUAACAUGAAACUGGUUACCAUCCCUCGGAAUUCUAUUGAAAAUUUCACCAUUCCUGUUCCUAGUGGAGAAUACCGAGUGAUUGCUUUUGAUCUGGAGAGCAACCAUUUACCAAGAAUGCCCGUCUCCAUGGUAGCACUCAGUCAAAACGAGAUGACAGUGAACUUGAUUGGUGAAGACAUUACCAGUCCACCACCCAGAGAGGGCAUUAGUGCAACCAGAUUAAUAAACCAAGAGGUUAGUGUAAUCUGUUCUGACUCUGCCCUGAAUUGUAUAGUCUUGUUCCAAUCUACCACCAUCUUGAAAAGGGUACUAGUUGGUUUCAUCAACGCUUCUUCGACGUCAACUGUCAUCUCCUUAAAUGCCACCUUUGGUGAUGGCUAUGUGGUGGUGUAUUCUUGGAAUACUUCACAGUCUAUCUUUGAAGGAGAGGUAUCUCUCAUUAUACAACUGGAUCUACCCACCACCACUGCUCCCACUACACCUCCAACGUCUGAUCCACAAACAGACCCACCUCCUCCUGAUAUUGAGUCUCUGCCAACAUCAGUUAUCGCUGCAGCAGCAGCUAUAGCUGGUUUGGUGAUUCUGCUAUUGCUUGUGGUCACCACUGUUGGAACUGUCGUUGUGAUUUUAAGAAAACGGAGACAAAAUGAAGUUGAGGUUCCAGAGUCAGAUGGAAGAGUGGAUUGGUCAUCAACAUUUGCAGGGAUUGAACAGCCCAACGAAGCUUAUGCGUCAGUACUCAAGCUCAAGAAGAACAUUGCCUAUGAGCAGACAAAGAAACCACGGGGACAAAGGAUCGAUGACUCACAAGCCUCGGCAACAACAGAGGGACAUUAUGAGAGUAUUGAGCCAGUUCAUGUGUAUGAGGAUGUGUUGCCUCAAGGAAAAGCAAGUCAUGCAAAUUAUGUUAACGUUAACUGACAGAUUUACCCAUUUAUUUUUAUCCCACACAUUUAUAUACCGUAUAGCGGGAAAUUAUCGCGGGUGCACAUUUUCACUAUUUGGCUCCAGAGCUCUGAGCAGAAAUUUUCGUCUAGUAUUUAUGUUUUAAUGCCGGGAAACCACACCCACCAAUAGCUUUGCAUGUGAAAUACCGGUGCGUGGGAGUUUAUUUCACGUCAUCUUUUUACGCUCGAAAAACGCACCUCACGAAAUUUUCCCACUGUACGGCCGUAUAUGUUUGUACAAUGUACGAUUCUCUCAAUUUAAACUGAUAUACAUGUACAUUUACAUGCAUUCUUAGUGUGUCAUUGAUUGUGUAUUAUUAUUUGUGAUAUUUACCAGUUCCUAUAUUUAAAGUCGCCUCUGA